CGAAGGUAACGCUAGCAUGCUGUCUUUUGUCUGUCGCCCAGACAUCCGGCUUCACUGACCAAGUGGAACAUGUACAAAAUGAUACCGUAAAUACUCUUGAUUCUAUCGAGAAGCGUUCUUUACAUGAAGAACUGCCUUUGUUAUAUCAGGCAAAGGACGAUCAUCCUUCGGAACACUUCUAUACUACUCCUUAUUAUCCAACUCGUUCGUGAUACCCUCUUGACAAUGGUCAACACGUUAUACUAAUCGAACUCUUUAGCGCUUGGAGGUCGAAUAGACCAUAUUUGGCAGAAAGCCUAUGAUAAAGCCAGAAAAAUUGUAGAGAAAAUGUCUAUCCCCGAAAAAGUAAACUUAACAACUGGUACAGGAUGGGGAUCAGGUCCUUGUAUAGGUAAUACUGGUUCUGUCCCAAGAUUGGGUAUUUCUAAUUUGUGUCUUCAAGAUGGUUCUAAUGGGGUUAGGUUUACAGAUUUCGUUACUAAUUUCCCUUCUGGAUUAGCAACUGGUUCAACAUUUAAUAAAGGUCUUAUGUAUUUGAGAGGUAAGGCUAUAGGCAUUGAACAUAAAAAAAAGGGGGUUGAUAUUGUUUUAGGUCCUACUGUUGGACCAAUGGGGUUAAAAGCUCAAGGUGGUAGAAAUUGGGAAAGUUUUGGUUCCGAUCCAUAUUUACAAGGAGUUGGUGGUGCUGCUACGGUAGAAGGAAUCCAAGAUGCUGGUGUUAUUGCAACCGUUAAACAUUUAAUAGGUAACGAACAAGAACAUUUUCGUCAAGUUGGUGAAUGGGACGAAAAUGGUUGGGAUUGUUUGGCUGAUUCAAUUAGUUCUAAUAUUGGUGAUAGAGCUAUGCAUGAAAUCUAUUUAUGGCCAUUUGCUGAUUGUAUAAGAUCAGGUGUUGGUGGUGUCAUGUGUUCUUAUAAUGAAGUUAAUAAUACUUAUGCUUGUGAAAAUUCUUAUUUGAUAAAUUAUUUAUUAAAGGAGGAAUUAGGAUUUCAAGGUUUUGUAGUGGCUGAUUGGGGCGCUCAACAUACUGGUGUUUAUUCUGCUUUAGCUGGUCUUGAUAUGACGAUGCCAGGUGAAAUCUUUGAUGAUUGGUUAACUGGGAAAUCUUAUUGGGGUCCUUUAUUGACAAGAGCUGUAUAUAAUUAUACUUUACCUCAAUGGAGACUUAAUGAUAUGGUAACUAGAAUUAUUGCUCCAUUUUUUGCAAUUGAUAAUUGUAAACUUCCAUCGACAGAUGAUGAACCAAAUUUUAGUUCAUGGACUUACCAUACUUAUGGUCAGCAAUAUCCAUAUCAACAUUUUGGAUCAAUAGUACAACAAAAUUGGCAUUUAGAUGCCAGAUCAAAGUUUAGUGAUGAAACUGCUCUUAACGUAGCUAGAGAAGCAAUUGUUCUUUUGAAAAAUGUUGCUCACAAUUUACCAAUUUCAAAAAGUGAUGGUAUCAGACGCCUAUUUAUAGCUGGUUUAGGUGCCGGUCCAGAUCCCAAAGGUUUUAAUUGUAAAGAUCAAAAAUGUGUUGAUGGGGUUCUAACUUCAGGAUGGGGUUCUGCAGCGGUCAAUAAUCCUUAUGUGAUUACUCCAUAUGAAGCUAUUUCGAAAAGAGCCCGAAAAGAAGGUAUGGUUGUUGAUUUUUCAACAGACUCCUGGGAUUUUGACCAAAUUGAUGACUAUGCCGAGUAUGCAGAUAUGUCGAUUGUAUUUGUGAAUGCCAACUCUGGUGAAGGGUAUAUUGAAGUUGAUGGUAAUUAUGGAGACCGAAAGAACUUAUCACUUUGGUUGAAUGGGGAUGAGUUAAUUGAACAUGUUGCUGAUAGAUGUCAUAAGACUAUCGUAGUAGUCAAUUCUGUUGGUCCAGUAGAUAUGGAGACUUGGAUUGACCAUGAUAAUAUUAUAGGUGUUCUUUACUCUGCACCUUUGGGUCAAUUUGUUGGAGAAGCCAUUGCAGAAGUAUUAUUUGGAGAAGUAAAUCCUUCAGGGAAAUUACCAUUUACGAUUGCAAAGAAAAAACAACAUUAUGUUCCAAUAGUUGAUAAAAUCAAUGAAAGUAAAGAUCCACAAGAUACUUUUGAUAGGGAUAUAUAUUUAGAUUAUCGAUUCUUUGAUAAACACAAUAUUAAACCAAGGUAUGAAUUUGGUUAUGGAUUAUCAUAUACUACAUUUCAAGUUUGCGAUUUAUCGAUUAUUGAAAUCAAUUCUCCAUCGGAGUAUUUAGCUUAUCCGGAAGAGUACUUACCAAUUUUCCAUGUAAUUGAAGACGAUGUAUGUGAUCCAGAAGACGCAUUAUUUCCUCAUGAUGAUUUUGAUCCAGUUCCAGGAUAUAUAUAUCCUUAUCUUUACAAUGAGAAUGUUAGAACAUUAGAUGAAAAUGACUGUUUCGAAUAUCCUAAAGGAUAUAUUCCUGAUCAAAAAACUUGUCCACCUUUAGCAGGAGGUGGAUUAGGAGGGAAUCCAUCAUUAUGGGAAGUUUUGUAUCAAAUUUCAGCUGAAAUCAAGAAUGAAGGGAAAUACAAAGGAGGUUAUGUUUCUCAAUUGUAUAUUGAGUUCCCUAGUACUUUAGUCCCAUCACCGCCUAAGGUUUUAAGGGGCUUUGAUAAAGUAUUUAUUGAGCCAGGUAAAAGUGCCAGCGUUAAUUUCAAUCUAUUAAGAAGAGAUUUGAGUAUUUGGGAUCCAGAAUCGCAACAGUGGAUUAUUCAAACAGGUACUUACAAAGUAUACCUCGCUAGUUCUAGUCGAAAAAUUGAAUUAUGUGGUGAAAUUGAUAUUGGUUGUUAGAGAAGCAAUUAUUCAUCCAACUAUCAUAAUGGGCUUUUUGAAUAAGGGGUUUAUGUUUGCAUGUUCAAUGCACUGCAAGACUUGCUAUUUGAAGGUGGUAUUUGCAAAAAAAUAUGUCAAGACUCAUGUAAGGUCAUGAGUGGAAUUGAUUUGGUUUAUGC